AUAAGACUCAUGCAAUUAUAAGCACAACCUGUGAAGUCCUCUUCUGUUUCUUAUCUAUUCCUAUCAUGCAUCUCUCUAGCUACUUCUGGUUCUGGAUCAAGCUCUUCAGAUCAUAAACACUUCUUAUAACUUGCUCAUCUUGUACCUAAGCCUUCACUUAUAUAUAUUCAUAUAUUUCUUUGCUAAAUCUUAGAGUUCAUCGAGUUUAAUUUGCAUGGUUUCAAUUCUACUGACUCCAAAUUAGGUAUGAGCAACACAAUGAUGCCAAUGAUGAAAGUCAUGUUCUAUUUGGCUUAUGACAGAGGGUAACUAAAAACCGAAUUCGUUCAUACUUUCUAAUCUCCAUUUGAAGUCUUUGUUCAUAGCCAUUCAAACAAAUUCAAUCUCUUGAUAGUCCAACAUCCAUCUUUUCUAUUAUUUGGUUUGGCCUUGUAGUCCUUUGUACAUCUAGUGAUUUAUUUGUUCCUAGUUACUAGAAGAAAUGGAUUUGGCUAAAGGAAAAGGGAAAAAGGGGGUCAUCAUCAGGACGUUGGAACGAUGCUGGUCAUGGGAUGGUGGCAUUGGCAAGAGUUCAUCAAGGAUUCGACGUGUUCUGAUGAUGAAAAACAAGUCAUGGCCUCGGAUUAGGGCUGCACCGGAGGAGCAAAAGCGCGGGAAGAAAAGUCGAGUGGCUCCUGAAGGUUGCUUCUCAGUGUAUGUUGGACCACAGAAACAAAGGUUUGUGAUCAAGACCGAAUAUGCCAACCACCCACUCUUCAAGAUGCUGCUUGAAGAAGCUGAGCUAGAGUAUGGGUUCAACAGUGAAGGCCCUCUUGAGCUUCCAUGCAACGUGGAUCUUUUCUAUGAGGUCUUGAUGGAAAUGGAUCACUCUGAAGAGAUCCCUAAGGGUUGUGGCUUUGUUAAGAGUCACAGCUCAUAUAACCUUCUCAGUCCAUCUCGACUUGUUGCCAUGAAUCAGUUCUGAUCAUCGAUGUGCUUUGGAUUGUGGUUUUUUUUUUUUUUUUUUUUAAUUUGCAUGAAUUUAAGACCUUGUUAUGUGUUUUUAGAUAUGAGAAUAAUCAUAUAUAUAUAUAUAUAUAUAAUUUCUGUUAUAUAUAUAUAUAUAUAUAUAUAUACCUACUUUUGUACAUUAGAUCUAGAAGGAGGCAAGCUGUAUAUCUAAGGUACCUUUUGAUCGUGUUAAAGUAGUUAUAAUGCCAGCUUUGUAUUGAUUGAGGUUUUGUCUUCUCACUAUUUCAUACUAAUUCCCUUUUAUUAUUAUUAAUAUUAUUGUUUUUUUCUGUAGUUUUUCAACUCAUAAUGAAUUUAGAU